CCCAAAUAAUUCCAUUUCACACUUUUCAAUGCCCUCUUCAUCCUCUUCCUUAUGCUACCACACCCAAAUUCCCACCAUGUUUACCCAAAAAACCACUCCAUUUCUCCACAAAUUUCACUUCUACCCCUACUAUUUCCGCUCCUCCAAUUCCUACAAAUUCCGCUGCCUUCUCGACCCUUCCUUCGCCCUCUCCUCCUCCGUUUUCACCUCCGCCAACAUCAUCGCCGCCGCUGCCUCCGCCGGAAGUUCUACCUCCCUCCAUGGCGCUGUCACUUCCGCGAUCACUCAAGUUGCUGUCACCGCCGUCGCUAUUGCCUCCGGCGCUUGUCUCUCUACUAAGGUCGAUUUUUUGUGGCCUAAGGGCGAGGAACAACCAGGUUGUUUUAUCGUUGAUGGAGUAGAUGUGACUGGGUGUAGCAUAUUUAGUGAUGGACAGGUGCAAAAGGCUAUUAAUUUUGCUAAAAAAGCUCAUCAAGGGCAGUUUAGGAAAACUGGUGAACCUUAUUUGACUCACUGUAUUCAUACUGGAAGAAUUCUUGCUAUGCUUGUUCCUUCAACUGGCAUAAGGGCUGUUGAAACUGUUGUGGCCGGAAUUCUUCAUGAUGUGGUAGAUGAUACGCAUGAAAGUUUACAAAAUGUAGAAGAAGAGUUUGGUGAAGAUGUAGCAAAGUUGGUAGCUGGUGUUUCCAGAUUAAGUUUUAUAAAUCAGCUGCUACGGAGACAUCGCAGGGUAAAUGUGAACCAGAGUACACUCGGUCAGGAAGAGGCAAAUAAUUUACGAGUUAUGCUUUUGGGUAUGGUUGAUGAUCCUCGUGUGGUACUCAUCAAGCUUGCGGACCGCCUUCACAAUAUGAGGACUAUCUACGCUCUGCCAUCUUUGAAGGCUCAAGCUGUUGCACAGGAAACUCUACAUAUUUGGUGCUCACUUGCUUCCAGAUUGGGCAUGUGGGCUCUGAAAGCUGAACUUGAAGAUUUAUGUUUUGCUGUUCUUCAGCCUCAGUUGUUUCGGAACAUGCGAGCUGAUCUGGCUUUCAUGUGGAGCUCUAGCAGCAGAGCUGGAUGGCCAAGAAGAUUAUCCAACAAAUUGAACUUGUUGCCUUUGGAUGAGAAUAAUUUGACUCCUGAAGAUGAUAUCUCAAGAAUGAAGGAUCUUUUGGACGCUGUUGUGCCUUUCGAUGUUCUAUUGGAUCGUAAAAAAGGGAUGCUGUUUCUUAAUAGUCUAAGGAGAAUAUCAGAUGCCCAAAGACAACCAAAGGUUGUUCAAGAUGCUGGAAUUGCUCUAGCAUCGCUUAUUGCUUGUGAGGAAGCACUCGAGAGGGAGCUACUUAUUUCAACUUCUUACGUUCCGGGAAUGGAAGUGACUUUAUCUAGCCGACUUAAGAGCUUGUAUAGUGUCUAUAGCAAGAUGAAGCGGAAAGAUGUCGACAUUGAUAAGGUAUAUGAUGCCCGGGCACUGAGAGUAGUUGUUGGAGACAAGAAUGGAACUUUACAUGGACCUGCAAUUCAGUGUUGUUACAGUCUUCUCGAUAUAGUGCAUAGGCUGUGGACUCCCAUUGAUGGUGAACUUGAUGACUACAUUGUUAACCCAAAGCCAAGUGGAUACCAGUCUCUGCACACGGCAGUACAAGGUCCUGAUAGUGCACCUUUGGAAGUCCAAAUAAGAACACAGAAAAUGCAUGAGUAUGCAGAGCAUGGACUUGCAGCACACUGGCUUUACAAAGAAACUGGGAAUAAGUUGCCGUUCAUUAAUGGCAUGGAUGAGUCUGAAACAGAGGCAUCCUCUUGUCUCUCCACAGAUAUUGAGGAUCAUAAUUCUUUAGGAGUCGAUCAGUUUCAGAAAUACAGGUCCCUAAAAAUGGGACAUCCAGUCCUCAGAGUUCAAGGAAGUCACUUACUUGCUGCUGUUAUAAUCAGAGUAGAUAAAGAAGGAAGAGAGUUGCUAGUUGCUGUGAGCUUUGGACUGGCAGCUUCUGAAGCAGUAGCUGACAGGAGAUCUUCUUUUCCAACAAAGCGCUGGGAAGCUUACGCAAGAUUAUUUAAAAAGGUAUCAGAUGAGUGGUGGUGUGAACCAGGACAUGGGGAUUGGUGUACAUGCUUAGAGAAAUACACACUUUGUCGAGAUGGUAUGUACCAUAAGCAAGAUCAAUUUGAGCGCCUUUUACCAACCUUCAUCCAGGUUAUUGACCUGACGGAGCACGAAGAAGCUGAAUAUUGGUCCGUUGUAUCUGCUGUUCUUGAAGGCAAACCUGUUGAUUCUGUUGAAUCUAGUCCACACUCAGAUUCUUUUGCUUCCAAUUCGAUUGACUCGAGCAUCAAUAAUAAGGUCCGUCUGUUGAGGACAAUGCUCCGGUGGGAAGAGCAACUACGCACUGAAGCAAGUCUCGGGCAAUCUAAGUACGAUAUUAAGUUUCAACGUCUGGAAGAUUCUGUGAUUCUUGGUGAAGUGGUAAUCAUAAGCUGGCCGCAUGGUGAAAUAAUGAGAUUAAGGAGCGGUAGCACUGCUGCGGAUGCUGGUAGAAGAGUAGGUCUCGAGGGUAAGUUGGUUUUGGUGAAUGGUCAGCAUGUUUUGCCCAAUACUCAGCUCAAAGAUGGUGAUGUUGUUGAAGUUAGAGUGUAGAUAAUAUUGCUAUCUCAACCUCGUAGCCACACGACGAUUGAUCGGUGUCGAUAACAAGGUACAAUCAUAUCUAUUCAUCUUUUAGUUCUAUGCGACAUUCAUAAUCCAAUUGUGUAGUAGCUAGACCUACCAUUUAGUUUAAUUUGUAAAUGAGCUUUGAUUGUUAAUUUGGUGUAAAUAUUGACGACUCUAUAUGCUCAAAAAAAUUGUAUAGCACCUAAAAGAUUUAAAAAAGAAGCAGAUUCAAAUCAAA